AUGCACGUCGAGGAAAAAGCUUUUCCACGAUUACUUGAAAAGAGUUUUGGAAACGCCCUUCAUCGAAGCAAGAAAACCACCUCAACUUCAAUCAUGUCAACCUCAGGAUCUGGCGACUCCCGGUCGCACCCAAGCUCCGGUAGCUCGAACCCGUUCGAGCAAAUGGAUCGAGAUGCUCGUGAAAUGCGAGAGCAACUCACCCGAAUUGCUGACGUCGAGCUUCCAAUGGGGAAGGCUCCUGGAAAAGCCGGUCGUAAAAUCGCUCUCCGCUCGAACUUCUACCGGACAAAAGUCGCGCCCAACAUGCGCAUCAUCCAACUUGACGUGCAUAUCCAGGAGGAUAACUGCGUCCUCGGCAAAGAGUCCGUCAAGAAGAGCGACGAAAAGCGCCUGUUUAUGGCCGCUUUCCUGAGGGAGAAGUUCCCUGCGCACCACGCCAUGCUGCCCUACGAUGGUCAGAGCUCUCUUUUCUACUUGGAGAAGCAAGGUAUCCUGGCGAACGAGAGUGGCGACGCUGGACAAACAAUUAGAUUCCAGUACGCGCCCCGGGGAACUCGCAAGCGAGAUUUCACCGUCACUCUUCGACGAGUGAAUAUGCACUUGUCGAACGACAUCAAUGCCUACCUUAACGGCAACAUGGUCGAUUUGAAGCAAGAUGCCAUUCAGGCCUUCGACAUCGUAUUCCGCCACCGCGCCUCGACCGAUACCGUCACUGUCGGACGAUCUUUCUUCCCUGCCAAUCAACCCAAUCGUCGCGAUAUUGGAGGUGGACGAGAGGUCUGGUUCGGCUACCAUCAGAGCCUCAAGGCGAUCGACGGCAACUCCGGUGGAACCCUUGCGCUCAAUAUUGACGCCGCCGCCAAGGCCUUCGUCAAGGAGCAGCUUGGAACCGAAGUCGCCAUGGAAGUCUUCAAACCACGCGGUGGUGAGCGUGAGAUGGCGGACCCACGAUUCUGGAACGAUGGACGCCGCAAGCAACUCGAGAAGUAUCUCGGCAAGCUUCGAUUUAUCCCCGAGCACCUGAAAAACCGCGACCGUGAUUACCGGUGCACCACGCUUUCGCGAAACGGCGCCGACCGAGAAACCUUCGUCAACGAAAACGGUCGCACCGUCAACAUCGCGGACUACUAUGUCCAGAAAUACAAGAAGAGGCUUCGAUUCCCAUCGGCUCCAAUGAUCCAGGUUGGCACUGGAAAGAACGUAAAGUACUUCCCGCUCGAACUCAUGCGAGUUGCGCCGCGACAACCUCAUCGAGGCCAAGUGGAUGAAAUCAUGCAGUCCAACAUGAUUCGGGCCAUCGCCGACCCCGCCCCGAAAAAACAGAAGAUCAUUGACGAAAUGGCGCAACGUGCCAUCAAGGAACUCUCACCAAUGGGUGAACUCUACGGAGCCAAGGUUUCCGCCAAGAUGGAGGAGCUCAACGGUCGCGUUUUGGACGCCCCAGCGCUCAUCUAUGGGAACAGAAAGACCGUGCGUGCCAACCAAGGAGCCUGGGAUGCCCGACGUGAGCGAUUUUUCAAUGCAGCCGCGAUCGAGAAGUGGGUCGUCAUUGCUUUCCAGUCGCGUAUGGACCAGCGCCAGAUCGGCGACUUCGCCAAUGGUCUCUGCAAAGCCGCUGGCUUCGAAGGCAUGCGCGCCUCUCCACCGGAACGAAUCCUAAACGCCAACAACGACGAAGACAUGGCUCGCUAUUUCCAGCUUUGCCAAAACAACAACGUCCGAUUCGCGCUGGUCAUCAUGCCCCGACGAGACUCCCAGAUUUACUCCAUGAUCAAGGAGAAGGCGGAGCUUCAGUGGGGAAUCGUCACUCAGUGCGUCCAGGCAAGAAACGUCGAGCGUGCUAACGGCAUGUUCUACGGUAAUCUUCUCCAGAAGAUCAACACCAAAUUGGGCGGAACUAACACUAAGAUCGAGAAUCGAAUCCAAAUGUUCACGAAGCCGUGCAUGGUCGUUGGACUCUCUUUCAGCCACCCGGCUCCAGGAUCUCGCAAUCCUUCAAUUGUUACGGCAUCCUUCUCAUGUGAUGCUUCUGGAACUAAGUAUUUCACUGGAAAACGUCUCCAGCGUUCCCGAUUCACCCUCGCCACCGGAAUCAAGGAGCUUUUCCUUGAAGGCUUGAAGGGUUUCUACAAGCGCGCCAACGGCAAAAAGCCCGAACGAAUCAUCGUCUACCGCAAUGGUGCUUCUGAAGGCGAACUCCAGGCUGUUGCCAAGCUCGAGGUUGAGCAGAUGAAAGCCGCCUUUGCUGCACUCCCAGGAGGCUACAGCCCCAAGCUUACCGUUAUUGUCGUGAACAAGCGAACACACACCCGCAUGUUUGCCCAAAAUCAAGCUGAUCAGAUCGGCAAGAGUGGCAACGUUCCAUCUGGAACAGUGGUCGACACCGUGGUUACCUCCAAGUCGCUUUGCGACUGGUACCUCAACGCCUCCCAGGGCAUCCAGGGUACUAGCCGACCCGUGCACUACACGUUGUUACACGAUGAAAACAAUCUGGACGCCGAUAACUUGCAGAUGAUGACCUACCAUCUGUGCCACGCUUACGCUCGAUGCACUCGCACCGUUUCCAUUCCCAUCCCCUGCCUCUACGCUGAGUUGAUGGGCGACCGAGUCUCCCGAUACCUUCAGAGCCGCGGAAUUGGCUCUGACGCUGGAUCCGUCAACUCGAUGGACUCUGGCCGUUCCUACGAAAGCGACAUCGAGUCGCUGACUCUUGCAAUUACUAAAGAAGUCGGCGACAUGUUCUUCGUCUGA